AUGACAAGCGUGCAGCCCUCGAGCCGUACCGGCUUACUGGUCCGUGCCAUGUCCCUCGUCGAAGUAAAUCACAUGCGUUUCGUUAUCAUGGAUUGCCCAACCGAGGACAGCCUAGGAUUUUAUUUGGAGGAGCUCAAGAAGCAUACCGUGAGCGACAUUGUGCGUCUGUGUGAGCCUACGUACUCCAGAGAGUAUUUCCAGAACGGCGGCAUUCACGUCACCGACUUGAUGAUCAAGGACGGCGGAAUCCCGGCUCCCUGUGCCAUCGAAACCUUCCUGCAGCUGUGCGAGAGUCGAUUUGGCCCCUUCCCGACGGCAUCGCAUGUUCCUGUGACGUUCAGCGCCGAGUCCGGUCCAGCUAUCGCUGUGCACUGCGUUGCUGGCCUUGGCCGUGCUCCGGUUAUGGUCGCAAUCGCCCUGGUCGAGGCCGGAAUCGCCCCGAUCGAUGCGAUCGCCCUGAUCCGCCAGAAACGGCGCGGCGCGUUCAACUCGAUCCAGAUCAAGUACCUGAUGGAUGACUACAGGCGCCAGCAUCACAAGAAAAAGGGCGCCAUGACUGGCAGCCUCGGGAGCUUCCUCUCACGCCGCUCAAUCUCUCCUCCCAACCGAGACGCACAUUUUUCCUCGACGCCAGCGCCGGCCUCGCUCUCUGCCUCUGGGGCCAGCCUGCCAAACACGGGCGCCUCAGGCAUGGGCGAGAUCGCCUCUCGACUCAGCACAGGCGGAGGCGACGGCAAGCUGGCGCCGUCGUCCUCGGCACACUCUCUCAAAGAGAGCUUUGCCAAGGUCUUCAAGAUUGUACAUCGCGGACGAAACCAAUCCUCUUCGGCCGCCAACGGCGAUGCGUCUGGCCUCCCGAGCCGCAAGUCUGUGGAGGAGCCAUCGGCCUUUGAUCCGCCUCCUGCCUCAGCUGGCGGCGCCUUCGUUCUUGAAUACACAGGUCCAUUCACGACAACCAGCUAUGCGGCGGACGGGGAGGGCCAGCCUGGUCUCGUUGGAGGAGGGCCCCAUCAACUGAAUCCCUCCAGUUGCCCCAGCCCUAGUGUCAUCCAUCCGCCUCCCUGGUAUCUGUCCAGCGAGGCUGUCACGAAUCGGUCCCCCGAGCCUAUCGACAGCGGAGGCUUUGCCGAUGUUUACACUGCUCGCCUUGGCAACAUGGAUGUCGCCGUCAAACAGCUGAAGACCACCUUGAACAGCGACGAACAGACGAGCUUUGAGCGCGAAGUCAAUGUGUGGCAUCGGUUGAGCCAUCCCAACGUUCUGCCGCUCUCGGGAGCCUGCAAUCGAGAUGCCGAGGGUCGUGCCAUCCGCCCCUUCAUGGUCUCGCCGCUCAUGCCCAACGGCUCUCUGGGCAAAUACAUCCGAGCCGCCCCCCGCGAUCUUGCCGAAAAGCUUCGACUCCUCGGCCAGGUUGCCUCUGGCAUGGAGUACCUCCACAAUGAAAACAUUGUCCACGGCGAUAUCAAGGCACAAAACAUUCUUCUUGACAAAUAUUUCAACGCCGUCAUUAUAGACUUUGGUCUUGCACGCCAGCGGACUGCGACGGUUGCAGCAGCGCGGACGCACUCGACGGCUCUGUUCUGUGGAACGGCCGACUUUCUGGCACCCGAGAUGCUCGACGACGACCACCCUACAGGCUCGACCAAGAAGACGGACGUGUACGCAUUCGGCAUCACCAUGUACCAAGUACUCAAUAACGGCGAGAUCUGGGUGACAGUCGACGGACAGCUUAUGCAGUCGGGUCAGAUUGCCACUCGAGUCAUCCGUGGCAACCGACCCAGGCGAUUCGAGGGCCUCCCGGAUGAAGUAUGGCAGCUGAUCGAAUGCUGCUGGCACCAAGACCCUGCGCAGCGGCCCGGGUUCUCCGAUAUCGCCGCUGCCCUGAAGCUGUUCACGACAACAUCGCCGAUUGCUUCCCCAAUUGCUUCCCCAAUCGCCUCGCCAAUUGCUUCCCCAGUUACUUCCCCAAUCCCCAUGUCCAGAAUCCUGAGCAGUAUGAGCCGUAAUGGCAGCACGCGGAGAACCCAGCCCGUCGAAACACCCCAGCCUCCGCCCCCACCUUCGGGCUCUGCCGAUGACGACCUUCCGGUGAAUCACGAUAUCCCGCUCCUCCUCAUAGAUCGAUAUCAGGCUGGCGACAAGGAUGCUCAUCAUCAAGUCGCUGCCCGUCUCCUGACCCAAGCUGGAGAGCUCCGCGCGAAGAGACCACCCAAGGCAAUCAAGGAUUUCUUCAAACUGAGCAGGGUCGAUCCGAUCAGCAAGGAACAGACACCUCUGCUGGAUGCCGCCGGCCGGAUCUACCGCAAUCUUGCCAAAUCCAAGAGCCUCGAGGCCUACUUCUAUCUAGGUUGGCUCCAUCUCUCAGGGCUCGGUGUUGCGCAGCGGCACACAGACGCCUUUUCGUACUGGAAUGAAGUCAGUAGCAAGUCCACCGACAAAGUAUUCAGGCCAAUCGCAACCCACAUGCUCGGCUGGAUGUACUAUCUUGGUUUAGGCACUCAGCAGGAUCGCAUGAUGGGCGCCAGACUCAUCCGGGAGAACAAGUCGGCGGAAUUUCCUCUUGGUGAGGACGAAUGCAUGGCUGCGGUCGAGGGAAAGCUGUCGUCUUCGAGCUCUCCUGUCGCCCGCAGGUUCUUUGAGCUCUGCCAGCUCGGCUCGGAGCAGGAUAGGCUGUCCAGGCAUCUUGUGGCCGUAUGUCUGAUCCACGGCUUCGGAACGGCCCAGAACCAAGCCAAAGCAGUAGAACUAUUUGAAAAGCUCGACGGCGAGGGCCUCAGCGAUAGCCAAUACUGGACAGGGUCCUGCUAUCUCAACGGCUGGGGGCUCGCAAAGAACCCGUGGAUGGCCAUCAAGUUGAUGCGCAAGUCUGCUGAACAAGACAACAUGUAUGCAGAGUUUCAGCUCGGAUCUUGCCAUCAUCACGGCAUCGGCUUCAGCAAAGAUGAGAACAAAGCUCUCGAGCUGUACACCAAAGCUGCCGAACAAGGCCACAUCGCUGCUCAACUAAUCUUGGCCAGUUGCUACAAAAUGGGGCAAGGGGCUUCCCAGGAUCAUCUCAAAGCCGUCCAGUGGUACACCAAAGCCGCCAACCAGGGAAGUGCCGCCGCCUCGUUGAUCCUUGGCACUUGCUACGAAAAGGGAGAAGGAGUGGUGCAAGACCACGGCCAAGCUGCCGAGUGGUACUCCAAGGCCGCCGAUCAAGGAAACGCCGUCGCCCAGUGGAAUCUUGGCGAAUGCUACCACCACGGCCGUGGCGUUGUCCGUGACUACGCCAAGGCCGCAGAGUGGUACGCAAAAUCCGCAAAGCAGGGAAACAUGGCCGCUCAGCACGGCCUCGCUUCCUGCUAUUUUUACGGUCGGGGAGUCGAUCAAGACUACGUCCAGGCCGCCAGACUGUACACAAAGGUGGCCGAACAGGGGAAUCCGGGUGCCCAGUACAUGCUCGGGCUCUGCUAUCAUUAUGGUCGGGGCGUCGAACGCAACUAUGCCGCGGCCAUCGAAUGGUAUACCAUGGCGGCUGAGCGCGGCAACGCAAAAGCGCAAUAUUCGCUCGGUACUUGCUUUGAGAACGCCCAAGGAGUCACCCAGGACUAUGUCAAAGCAGUGGAAUGGUAUACCAGCGCUACCGAGCAAGGCCAUGCCUCUGCUCAGUAUAGCCUGGGCGAAUGCUAUUACGAAGGGCAUGGCAUCGACCAAGAUUACACCAAGGCCGUAAAGUGGUACACAGAGGCGGCCAACCAGAGAAUCGCAGACGCUCAGUACAAACUAGGCCGCUGCUUCGAGGAAGGUCAGGGAGUGUCCCAAAACAUCAUCAACGCUGCUCACUGGUACAGCGAAGCGGCCGACCAGGGACAUGUCGCUGCCCAGAGCCAUCUCGGCGAUUGCUACUACCACGGCCGUGGAGUCGUGCAGAGUUACGAGAAGGCUGUCGAGUGGUGCUCCAAGGCAGCCGAUCAAGGCGACACCACUGCGCAAUACAGGCUCGGUUCCUGCUUUGAGAAUGGCCAAGGGGUUGCUCAGAGCAACGUCAAGGCAGUCGAAUGGUACAACAAGGCCGCAGAGCAUGGCGACGCAGCUGCCCAACACAUGCUCGGCGUUUGCUACGAGAAGGGCAGGGGAACUACCCAAGAUUACCGCAAGGCGGUUGAAUGGUAUACCAAAGCAGCGGACCAAGGAUAUGCGCCUGCCGAAUUCAGCCUUGGUCUCUGCUACGAAAGUGGUCUUGGCGUCACCAAGGACGUUGACACUGCCUUCAGCUGGUACAAGAGGACUCACCAACAUGGCAAUGACCAAGCCGACCCCAAGAUCAAAGCCAUUGAGAAGAGCAAGCGAGGGAUGCUGGGUUACAUCUGGUGGUGA